GAUCUUCCAUAGGUACAAUAUGACAUCAAUGGAAGACAUGAGAGUUUUGUCCAUUCAAAGCCAUGUGGUCCAUGGAUAUGUAGGGAAUCGCUGUGCUGUCUUCCCAUUGCAGACUCUGGGACUGGAGGUGGAUGUGAUAAACUCGGUUGACUUCUCCAAUCACACUGGCUAUGGCCUUGUCAAGGGAAGGGUCCUCUCUGACAUGGAGCUAGGUGAAUUGAUCCAGGGACUGAUGGCAAAUGGGGUGGCAAACUAUACCCACCUCCUCACAGGUUAUGUUGGGUGUCCACGCUUUCUCCGCCGCAUUGUGUCUGUUGUUGGAGAGCUGAGGAAGUUAAACCCAGACCUUGUGUACCUCUGUGAUCCAGUCUUGGGAGAUAAUGGUCAACUGUAUGUACCAGAGUCCCUCUUACCCAUCUACAUAGAAGAAGUCAUCCCCCUUGCCACCAUUGUCACUCCAAAUCAAUAUGAAGCUGAGUUGCUCUCAGGUAUCACAAUCACAACAAGAGCAGAUGCCAUUCGUGUCCUGGAUUUCUUCCAUGAAAAGGGAGUGUCCAUAGUCAUCAUAUCAUCAACAGAUCUCCUCUCCCCUGACACUCUCUUGCUUCUUGCAAGUCAAAAAAAUGGGGAGAAGAAAGAGCAAAUUGAGAUAGCUUUCCCCUGUUUGGAGUCUUCAUUCACGGGGACUGGGGAUACCUUUGCAGCAAUCUUCCUUGCCUUCUAUUCAUCCAAAGGAGACUUCAAGCUGGCAUUGGAAUUGACUGUGGGAUGCAUGCAGGAGAUCCUCAAGAGAACCCUCUCAUAUGCCAAGAAGUUGGCUGGGGAAGGACGAGAACCAACAAAGAAGGAGCUGGAGCUGCGGCUCAUCCAGAGUCGUGAUGACAUCCUCAAUCCAAAAGGAUAUCCUGGAACAUCCAUAAUACUUUCUUAGUCUGUGAUUCAUCCCCUCCCCCUCUAGUUGUUACACAGUGUUGGGAUCAGUAUUGGCUUCAUUGCCAAGUUGGGCAUUUCUUUCUUUCUUCUUGAGCUAUUUGCAAGCUCAGAGCCAGGAAUAUUGUCAUUGAUUAUUUAGUUUGAAUAUCACCCAGUGAAGCAAUGAUUAUUGGCUCUAUGGGUUCUUGAACUAUGUAAAACACUUCACACCUGGGAAUUCCAGAAGAAUUCUCAUUAAGUGAUGAACCUCAGAAUAGGUCUAGAAGCUUAUGAUGUAGUAUGCUGUACUAUUUUAUUUUGAAUACCACUGGACAUGGUGACAGAAAGGAGACACAUGAAAUGUUUCAAUUUUAGUUCCCUUUUUCUAUCUCCUGAAAAUGCUGAGAAAAAUUUAUUCCCUUGAGUAGCAGGCUUUAUAUCAUGUCAUGAUGUAUGCUCUGAGUAUUUAGGCCUUUUUUCAAGGCUGUAAUACAAGUAUUGGC